AUGCAAGAGGAAAAAGUAACCGUGAGUCGAGUGUAUGCGGGGUUUCUCGUUAUAUUAAGGCUUGAGAAAGUACAUCUUUCCCAGCAUCUUGGCCCCGUUUUGAAGGGAAAAAGAGCACCAAGAUGCUGAUCGAGAUGGAUUUAGGCAGCGUCUAACUAUACUUGGCUUUGCUAUAUCAGUGGCGUUGGUGAACAUCACGAAGUGGCUCUACGUCGAAUACCACUUCAAAUAUCCAAUCUGGUUGACGAGUACGCACAUGCUCAUGAUUAAGCAGAGUCGUGAUGUUUUUUCUAAUUCCAUCCUACUUAGAUUAAGGCUUCCGGGAAUCUCCCAUUUUGAAAAGCAUCUUGAGACAGCACCCCUCUAAGGGAAAAGCAGAGCCAAGAUGACUCUCAAGAUGGAUUCCGGGAAGCUCUAAUUAGAAGGACCACCAUCGAGGCUGCUGCCCCUACGACCUAUACUUUUCCUCUUGAACAAGUUAAAAAGUGUAUACUCGAUGGUCGUCUGCCUCGUUGGAAAAAGCAUCACGAGGACUGUUCAUAAUGAGCUUGGCAGCCUCUAGCCUCGGACUCUUUGGGUUGCCGUGUAUUUAUGAGGUAAAGGAAUAGGACGUCCUCGCUUUUCAGCAAUUUCAAUUGUGUUAAUGUGAACCAUCGUCUUCGUCUCAUAAGAGUGACUUUUUCUGCUAAUCAUUGAUCUAGAAGGGGGUCCACGGCCUAGUGUCAACAUCAUGUGAGCACUUGCUCUCGUACAACAUAGUAGAGGCUGUUGAGUACUUAUUUAGUCCAGCUCCAUAUAGAUAUACCUGAGAGAAGUUGACACAACUUCGUUGAUACAGAAAGAACACAAGAGUUUAAUUGUAUAAGAAAAUAGACACUGAUGGUGAAGCUGAGGAAACACAACUUAGUUGAUCCUUCUGCCUCUAACCCUUCUACUUUUUCUAAGAUAAAAACUCUAACCGUUAUACUUCUAAGAUAAAAUUUCUAAGCCUUCUACUUCUAACGACCGUAUACUUCCUUCUGCUUCUAACGACCCUAUACUUCCCUUUACUUCUACAAUACCCUCCUGUACUUCCCUCUACUUCAUCGACUUACCCUGUACUUCCCUCUACUUCAUCGACUUACCCUGUACUUCCUUCUCGUUCUUGUUCUAACUUAGUUGCUAUAAAAAUAUGACUUCUAAAACUCUAUACUUUCUUCUACUUCUAACCCUUCUUCGGCACGAGCGGCGGGCCAUGUCGUCUGAUCCCGGAAGAGGAGAGGGUAAGGUUGACACUCCGUCAGCAAGUAGUGAUAAUAUUAAGGCUACAAGAAAUCCACCUUUGCAGGCAUCUUGAUCCCGUUUUUCAAGGGAAAACGAGACCCAAGAUGCUGCUAAAGAUGGAUAAUUUCUCUUAGUUCUAAUAAUAGCACCUUUCUCGAUAUGUGGCGCUCUUAGUCUCGGCGCAGCAAAUUUCGCAUUGAUUUACUUGUUUUAAGGCUCCUUGUGGAAGUAAAGAUCAUGAUCAAAGGCGUUACCUCAAACGAAGAAACAAAAGGAGUAGAGCAUCUUACCCUGCUGCUGCUCUUUUGGUAUGAUAUAUUUAUAUAUAAGUUCUAAAAAUGAUGCAGGUCAUCGUCCCUCCAACUCGAUCCCUCCAACUCGAACGCCAUGCUGCAAAACUCUAAUAGUCCCCCUCCCUCCAACUCUAAUGGUUAUAGUCCCCCUCCCUCAAACUCUAAUAGUCCCCCUCUUUCCACGCCAUGCUGCAAAACACUACACCGAUUUGGGCCGUUCUCUGUGCGAAAUUAUUCCAAGGCAAGAUAUUCAACUUUAAGGCUUUCCCUAGUGAGUCCAGCAUCGAUCUCGAUUAUACUCAGAUACAGAUCACUCUAUAUUAUAUGUCUAUGUGUAUCAACAUAAUAGUAGUAUAUAGAUGGACUGCUCCUAGUCCAUCUCUAUGUAUAGGGAUCCAUCGAUCCCUCAGCCGCAUGUACUGCUAGCUCUUGUUCCCUACUACUAGCUCUUCCCUACUACAGGGCUGAAGAAUUACGGAACAAUCAAGCUCUAACAACUGGCCAGCAUAUGGCGCGCUUCUGUUCGCGGUUGGUGGUGGCAUGAUAUGUGCACUGUCGGAGAAGUCUGAUUUCGAAAUGAUCGGCCUGUUCAUAUCCUUGUUAUGAGUGAUGAACUAGUACGUUCUUCUUGUUAAACUACUUAAAGUUUUCCUCGAGAACUUCUUCUGAUCGUGCCUUAUAAGUGCUUCUGGCACGACGUAGGUUCUUACACGCUUACCCAGAAGUAGUUAUUCAAAUUCGAUAGGUGGUGGAGCGAGCCUUGUGUUUUUUUGAUAGUAAUAUCAUGUGGUUGUUGCACGUCCUAAGUAUUGAUGCACCUUGAUAAUACUCUUCUUGAUGUUAACACAAGAACAUUAGAAUAUAAUCAAGUCGGCCUUCUCGACUUUGGAUACCGAAGGAGGCAAGUAGACCAAUGCGGAAGGCAAGUUGGUUCCUUCCUUGGAAACUGGUACCAGUACUAGCAGUAGUCUCGAACCUAUCUUCGUUCAAUGGUGCAUGAGAGCUACACAUUAUAAAGAGGCUAUUUAACAAGAUUAAGGUAAGGAUCAUUUUGAUUUCUACUUUGAAUCCGACAUAGAACGUAAUAUGGUCCAAGUUUUCUUCCUUUAUUUAUUGUUUUUUUUUCACAUGAUGGAGAUGGCUCCUCGACGCAGAUCCAAUUCUUCGCUGGUGACCAGAGUAAUCCCCACAUACUAUUGCUAUAUUCGAUGUGUAGAUGCUGUUGCUGCAGAAAUGAGUUGGGUACCAGUCCACAUGAUAGUGACUUACUCACUCAGAGACUUUCGCAGCUUCAGCAAAUGAAUUGAUUUAUUUUAGAAUAAAAUCAAAAAAUUUGUGAAAUGGGAAAAAGUAAGGCACAGCACUUUGAUGGUAGCUAGUGUAGAGAAUAGUGAUUCACUGACUUCCUGACUUUCAUAAUUUCAGCAAAUGAAUUUAUUUCUUUUGGAAUAUAAUCAAAAUUUUUGUGAAAUGGGAAAAAUAGGAAGCACAUUCCUUUUCUGGUAACCAGUGCACAGAGUAGUGACUCAUUGGCUUACAGACUUUCGUAAUUUCAGCAAAUGAAUUUAUUUAUUUUAGAAUAAAAUCAAAAUUUUUGGGAUACAGAUAUUUUCAUAUUCGAUAGUCUUCGUAACAUGAGUCACCAGAAUCCAUUAAAGUACAGCAACUAGAACAGAUAUGUUUCAUCGAUAAUUUGAUUCUGCUUCACAUGAAAUUGAAUUGCUCUACUUUUGAAUAAAAUCAAAAAUUUGGAUUUUUUUUUUGACACGCCAUAGCUGCACAUGUAAAGCCCGUCUAGAUCCUACCCUUUCCCCGCAGCGCAUCAAUACAGCCAAAGAAUUACUUGAAUCAUACCCAAAGCCAGCAAGUAAAACCCCCGAGCGUCUAAGUAGAUUAUCUAUUUAGAAGGUCUGUAGGCUGUAUUUCAGUUACUACCGAACUAGAAACUCAGACAGAAGGUCUUGUCUUACACCAUAUCGGUAUUGUAUUGAAUACUUUCCCUCAAUAGCCUGCUAAUUUCCCUCGAUAGUUCGGAGGUCGUGCGUAUUCCCUAUUGGUAUUGUAUUGAAUCCUCAAAGUAAGCAAUCAAAAGCCGCAAAUUCUACUUUCUAAUCGGAUCCGCAGCUGGCUUCCGUGCGAUGAAGUCAGUGCUUCAGGCAGAGUUAAUGCGUGGAAACGGACUGAAGUUGGACUCCAUAUCCCUCCUAUACUACUCGGCGCCACUAAACAUGGUCUUCUUCCUACUGUGGUCACUCUUAUGAUGAGGUCGACGAGCUUAAGUGUGAGAGUAGUAGAGACCAUCAGUAGUUGAUACUAGGACUCGUAUUGAAGAUCUUCCUCUGGAUCUAAGUCACAACGUCGGUUGGGAAGAAAAGAUACAACUACUAGAUCAUUUAGAUCAUGAUCACUUCAUCUCAUCUAGUCGUCGCAACAAAUGCGAGAACUUGCUGUUGCUAUAGUCGUCUAACGUGCGAAUUCAUAUUCAUUCAUUGCUAGAGAAGUUGUCCAACUGCUUGAUGGUGUUGAUUGCAACCUGCGAAUUCAUUCAUUGCUAUGCAUAGUGCUACUGCUAGUACUCACGGAAAACUUGUUCAUUGUAUGGAAAUUAAAACAAGCUCUAAUCCUUUCCCUCUAACACGAGUCCAAGAAGGACUGGAGCCUUGGACUCAAUUCCUAGUGCUACCAAACAGCGGCAAGGCAUGGGUGCUUGCCGCCGCUUUUGCCGCAGCCGCUUUUAAUCUCAUAGGCUUUUUAACGAUCGGAUAUUUGGGAGCGGUAUUCUACUUUGAGUUUAACUACUGAUGUAUUAGGUGUACUACGAGUACGACGAUAGUUUGUUAUAAUAAAAGUCCUAAAUUUCUACUCCUAUUUCUACUAAUGAACAAAAGAUAUUUUUUGAUAAGUAGAAGAAAUUCGAAUUUGAUAUUUUGAUGAUUUUGAAUUUAGCUCCACCUCAAGGUUCUUUAUCCCGCAAUUUUCUACAUACGAAGGUAGCUCAGUUCUUGUAUCGCGGGAUAAUUACCACCUACAACUUCAUUCCAUCCAUCUCCAGGUCGUCUCCCUCGUGGUAGGGAAUAUGAAGACGCCUACGACGAUUCUAGUAAGCUCCAUGGUGUUUGGGAAUCCUGUGAGCGUAAACCAAAUGCUUGGAUUUGCUGUGGGAGCUUUCGGCGUCUUCCUCUACGACAGAUACGGAAAAGAACUACGACCCAGUACCUUCGGGAGAGGUGGCCACGUUCCUCUGGGCAGUGGGACCGGAAGAACGGGCAAGGAAGAGAUAAUGUUAUGUCUUUGCUAUUUUUGUAAAAAGAUUCAUCGGGAGAUGAUCUCAUGCUCGUUAACAUAGGUCUAGGGUCGUGGUUAGCGUUAGAAGUCUCCAUAUUAUAAGUAGAUGAUGUAAAAGUUUUCAAACCCCUUGUUUUUGUGUAGAUCCGGUCGAGGCGUGGUGGACUAGAUAAUCUUGUGGUCGUAGGUGGCUAAAAAUACUCGAAACAUCCUUCCCUGUUCUUCCGGUCCCCAGGGACCGGAAGAGCAGGGAACCGGAAGGAGACCGGAAGAGAUAAUGUUGUGCUCGUUGACGUUGCAGUGGGUGGUUUAACCGUUCGUUGUCGUUGUAGUGGGUGGUUAAUCUUGACCCAUUUCUUGGGUCCAUUUCUAACAUCUUACUUCACAAAGACCCAAUCUAGUACUAGGUUUGUUUUUAUCUACGACCACAACAAGGUAUCAUUGUGAUACUGGAAAUAUUUGUUGUUCUCUUUCAUCUGAUGUUUCAAAGACAGUGAUGAAUAGGUGUUCCAUGGUCGUGAACCACAUGAUGUACUUGUGCGUGAAUUCAUCUUCAUCUGCUCGGGUAUUAGGAUUAGCAUAUCCAUAUCCUAUAUAAGAGAUAAGACAUUUUUCGCUAAUAAUGGGAUUGAAGGAUGACCUAGAAUUCGGUAUGGACGAAGGCGAUGACACACCUCCGAAUGGUGAAGACGCUAUGAACAUCAUCUUCCCAGAGGAACUAGGAGGACACGGAGAUUUAAGGCUUGUUCCCCUAAUCCAUCUCUUCUACAGGGAUCGAUCCCUCGAAGGUAUUAAGUAUGCGCCCAGAGGUAUUAAGUAUGUAAACGGAUGAGGGAUUUUCUCCACCGGGAAGAUGAAUUAAGGGGAGGUCUAAGACAUGGAGACGAAGCAGAUUUUGUUCAGGUAGGUUCUUCAACAAGGGAAGCAACUUCUAGUACACGAGCAGGCGCCGGGUCAAGGCAAGAAGUAGGACAAGCUGCAGGUCGAGGAGAGGCGAAGAAUAUUGACCGGCAAAGUUAUGUUUCCACUUAUGUCUGAGUCUGCCCAAAGCACUUAAGUUUAAGUACGUUAUCGUUUCUCUUUCAUCUGAUUACCGCUCUUGCUCCACUGGUGGAAUUUCUUAUGUCUUCGUGCUGUAGGUUCGUCUUGUUUCCCCACUAGAAUGCAAACGUGUGGCUGUAGGUGUACAAUAACUAUUUUCAGGAGUGAAAGUGAAUAAUUUGAGCUUUCUUCAGUUAAAAACGUACAUCUGGUUCUAAGAAAUUGCGGAUGGUACAACUAGCGCUACAACUGCGUCUACUUCCAGUGCGAAUGAGUCUUCCGCGCGUGCUGGUACCGGCAACAACAACACGUUUAUUUCUACUACUACAUCCCCACCGAAUCCGAAGACCACAAUUGGACUCAUAGGCCUACCGCCCCCUGGUGGCAAUAUUAGGGGAGCGCGAAGACCCUGAAAAUAUACUUAUGUGAAUGUAGAAGAAGGACGAAUUAAUACUAAAGAGCGCCGUCCAGGGAAGAAUAGGGAGGGAUGAAGGUGACUUCGAUGCCUUCGUGAAGGUGACUUCAUCGUGACGAUGAGAUGCGAAUCAUGGCGAAGGCGUAGUCGACUCCUACCGAGGAGUUUUACUUCAGGAAAGCGGAUUGGACGACUCUGCGCACUAUUGUAGUAGUACAGAAGAUGGCUGCGCACUAUUGUAGUAGUAGUACAGACGAUGCGCACCACUUCUCCUGUUGGCUAGUUCUUCUAUCACGAUUAUACAAAGUCUUUGCCAGAAAAUUUUUGCUGAUGCUGAUUGUUAGGUCAAAAGGCGUAUUUGGACUGAUGCGAGUAUUGACUAUGCAAGUAGUAUUUUUGAUGAAGCUGGAUUCUAGGAGAUGAAUCAUCGACCUGCCCAUGGCACACCACGAAAAACAAGAAACUAUGAUUCCUCGGAGCCGCUUCGAAAUUGAAUUGACAUUCUAAGUUGUAUGAAUAAAUCCGAGUCUUCAUGGCUCUUGU